AUGUCCGAGCAAUCGGCUGUCCUCAGCCAGUACCCAAACCAGAGUAUUCCUGCGAAUCAUAUGGAUAUAGCGAAGUUCAGCGGGAGGAACGACGAAGAAUACCAAAGAGUACUAAACAGGGUAUGUUUCAUUAAUUCAAAGUUUGAUGACCCAAGAAAGCCACCGGAUUACGAGAAGAGAACCAAGUGCCACCAACUCCUCCGCACCUCACCCUACGAGCUGCAUAAAGAGAGAGACCCGGACCCUGUCGAAGGCACGUGUCAAUGGGUUUUGCAGCAUGACAACUAUAUCAAUUGGCGGGAUAGACAAAACUCAAAUCUCCUCUGGAUCACAGCAUAUCCAGGCUGUGGGAAAUCUGUAUUCUCAAAAUUCCUUGUGAACAAAGAGCUGCGAGCUACUAGAUCACGAAAAACCUGCUACUUCUUCUUUAAGGACGAUAACGAGGAUCAAAAGGCGGCUACGAAUGCUUUAUGUGCCUUGCUCCAUCAGAUAUUCAUACAAAAACCGGCGUUGCUUGAACAUAUCGAGAAACCUUACGAGCAGAAUGGACAGCAGCUUCGUCAGAAUAUGAACUCGUUAUGGAACCUCCUUAUAGCGGCCUCUCAAGACCCACAAGCAAGCCUUGGACGAAUGCGGGAGAAAUGA